GCCCAGACUGUGUGUAAACGGGACAUACAGUGGACAAAGAGCUCCUGUGCAGCUGUCAGGCCUCCUGAAAAGCAAGAACAGCCCCGUGUGCCCUGCACUCUCCACUUCAGCCAUCAUGAAGCUCUGGCUCUUCUUCACACUGGCACUGCUCUGGCUGGAGGUCCAAGAUGGUGUGUGUCAGCAGGUCAAGCGAAAAAAAGAGGCUGGUGAGAACCGUAUUAGACCAGGAAGAAAAAGGGUGAAGGUUCACUACCCCAAAGUAAAAGAGAAGGAGACACGAAGCAAGGGCCAAACUAUUCUCACCCAGGUCCUUGAUAAAGGCCAUUUUCUCAGAUUGGGCGAGAGCCUUUCUUUGAAUCCUGGGAAAACACUGGAACUCAGAUGCAAAGGGACUAAUAUAGGUUGGGCUUAUCCCUCUUAUCUGGACACAUACAGUGACAACCGUCUCAGCAUCAAGCAGCAUGAGCGGUACAGUCAGCUGAUUCUGACGUCGCCUUCUGCUGCUGAUACGGGGGACUACAGCUGCUGGGUGGUGCUCUGUGAUGGAGAAGAAUGUGCAAAGGAUGGAGAAAGCACCUCUGCUACCUACAUUUACUUUACAGAUGAGCUGUUUGUCCCCUCUGCUAUCCAUUUUGAGGUCAUCUACCUGCGCCCUGACAAGCCCGCCACCGUCCCGUGCAGGGUGACAAACCCCAAAAUCAAAGUCUCGCUGCACAGGGAAGUUCCUGCAGAAGAAAUGGCUGUGGAUGGGACCCAGAUCUCUUACAAUCCCACUAAGGGCUUCAUCAUCCAAAACCCCAGUCCAGAACACAAGGGUGCUUAUUAUUGCAAGGCCAACAGCACCACGAAAACCACUUCACAAAUAUCCACUAAAUACCAGCUGCUGUAUGUGGAAGUGCCAAGUGGUCCCCCUUUUGCAACUAUUGGUGGCGACAUCUUUAACGUUACUUGCACAGUUCUGGGUGAACCGGAGAUGAAUGUCAGCUUCAGCUGGAGGUAUCCUGGCCAGGGUCAGAGGCCGGUGAAUAUUUAUGACUCCUGGCGCCUGAUAAACCGCGGUGUGGGACACACAACACGCAUCUCCCAGAGCAUCAUGGUUGUGGAUGAUGUCGAAACGAUUGACUAUGGAAAGUACAUCUGCAGCACCAAAAAUAAGCAUGGAGAGACCUUGGUGGCCACAACGGUAAAGAAGAACAUAAAGAUUAUAUAUUGAGCUGAGCUGGACACUUCAGGCUUCUUGCUGCUUAAAGACAUUCUUAUGUUAAACAUGAAAUCUAUAUAUGGAAAUAAAGUGCUUCUUUUGAUUUAAUUUAAUGAUGUAAGUUAAUGCAAGCUUCAUGUUCAAUGGUAAAUCAACAGCAUACUUAAAACAGUUUAUGAUGCAUCA